AUGACCACGUCGCUCGCCUCGCAGUUGGCAGGCAUCCGCUCGCACCAUGCGGAGCGCCUGUCCAGCUCAGGUGCGCUGACUAUGCGUGACUCGUACCUGUUUACGCCGCGAGUCGCGGCUGAGCAGGACCACCUGACCGUGCAUGCUUUGGGCGUGACGGGCUGGGAGCAGCUGACAGAGGAGGAUGGCGUGCUGGCGGCAUGGCCUCAUGGCGAGCUGCUGUUUGGUGAUCAGAGUGUGAAGACGGACCGCGCGACGCUGUCGAAGCAGGCGAAUGCCGAUAUCGACGUGGCGGUGCGCGAGCUACUGUACUUGAUGGGCCCUGUCUUGCUCUCGCGCAGCGCGGCCAAGUGUCUGGAAUGGCUCGUUCGGCGCUUUCGGAUUCACGAGUACACGCCGCACGACCUACUGCAUGCGUUCUUCCCGUACCAUCUCACGCCGCAAUUCGCCCGUAUAUUGCAGCUCGUGCCGGUCGACAAGCACGCCGAGAUGCGGUUCCUCGUGCCGGUGAAAAAGAGUCAGACACCGCUCCCUACGUCGGUGCUGAUCCAGGCGAUGGGGUCGAACAUGGAUGUGCUGCGGUGGGUCGCUUCGGCUCGUGCGCCCACGCCCAGCGUCGCUGGCACGAGACGCAUGCACGUCCCCUUUUGGACGUCGAUUCUCGUGCAGUUUUGUCUGUUCCGCCGCCUGAACAAGCGUUUUCGGGCCUCGGACGCGCAGACCAUGUUGGCGUUCCUCGUGCCUGAGAUUUUGCAUGUCGCCCAGGGCGCGAUGCAGGACCAAGAAACGGCCGUGGGCGCGAUGAUGGUGCUGUGCUCUCUUGGCGUGGCCUUCCCGCUGCGUGCCAAGGCCGUGCGGGGUGUGUUGGAUGCUAUGGUGCCACUAGCUACGUCUGCGACGCCGUCGGUGGCGCGUGCGAUGGUCGCAGCGUGUAUGUCGCUGUGCUCGAGUCCCGACGACGUCGCCGAUCCCUUUGAGACAUCGCAGCGGCUGCUGUCAGACACUAUGGUCGAUGCGCUCGUGGCGCUGCCUGAGCUCGUGCCGCAAGUGGUGCGGGCAUGGGAGACGCACGAUGUCGAGCCGUUCAUGGCUCAGCUGCUGGGCGCCUUGGUGGCCCAAGCGUCGUCGGACGCGGCGCAGUCGGUGCUCGAGCGCUUACUGGAUCAGGCCACGCUGCCUGCGUCACUCGCGCGCCGCACGUAUGUCAGUCUCCUGCGCCGGCCCACGGCGCCCGAGGCAUGGCAUGCGCGUGUGCGUUUGCUGGCGCGUCUACGUGAACGGCACCCAGCGACGCUGGACGAGGCGCUAGCUGUGGCGCGGCAGACGCACGAAGAGCAGGCAUGGCAGGUCAUGCGGGCUGUGCUGCAUAUGCAAGCGACCGGCACGGUGCCGGACGACCCGCCACAGGAUGCUGCUCUGUGGUUGGGUGUACACAGUGCGGACGUGCAUGCCCAGCACAUGGCUCUCGAGCAUCUCCUGCAGGCUGUGGACCAGGGCGAGAUACGCGCCCACGACUCGCUCGUGCGCGACGCCAUCCAUGCAGCUGUCACGCGUGCGCAUGUGCCGCUCGUCGAGACGCUGUAUGCGCAUGCGCCCACGCUGUUGGCCGCGAUGGAGCCAGGCGCGCUGCUGGAUAUGGCGGUGACACGAAUGCAGGCCACGUCUGUCUCAGGACAGGAGCGCCACUUGCACGUGGCCUUUGUGACACAGCACCUCUUGCCGCGGGCGCCCGAGUUGGGCGAGCGCGUAUGGCGUGACAUGCUGUGGCCCGAGCUGAUGCCUAGGUCGGGUGCCUGUACGGACGCCUUGGCAGCUCUGCAGCAUGUGGAUGUGCCGCCGAUGGCGCGCGCCGUCGUGCAAGCGACUCUGCAUGCCUCGCCGCGUGAGCCGGUGGCGUGGACGCUGCGUGUCGCGCAAGCGAUCGUGACGUACCUCGUGUCAUGUGACGAGGCCACCCUGCUCCGAGAAGCGGAUGGCCUGUGUGACACGACGGCGACGAAGCCCAUUUCGUACGGUGGCGCACUCGCCCUCCUCGUGCUGAGUCAGUUACUUGCACAGGACGUGCCGCCACGCGUAUGGAUCGCGCUGGCGUACCGCGCUACGACAAUUGUGCAUACGCAGCAGCUGCUCGCCGGCCAGGUCGACGAUGUCAUGGUCGGGCACCAUGUGGAUGAGGCCCUAGUGCAGCAAGUCUUGUCCAAGCUAUCGCGCCAGAGCGUGCGUCUGCUUGGUGUGCAGGUGCUGUACAUGGUCCUGCAGCACCUGCCUACGAACGUCGAUGCAUCGCUGAUGAUGGCCGUCCAGCAGCGCACGACGCCUGGGGCGCAGCUGAUGCUGCAUGUCUACCAAACCCUGCAUGCGCCGGGCGUGGGUAAGAUUGCCUCGACCAAGCUGGUGCCGGUGCUGUUUGAGCGCAUGGGAUGGCAUGCGCUGGCCUUGCUGGCCGGUGUGUGGACGUCGCCCGGCGGGCACGAUAUCAAGAACACGGCCACGUCGCUCCCAUCUCUCGUGACAGCGCUGGAUGCCGGCUCUGUCGUGCCACGCAGCGAUGUGUCGGUGCGUCUGAUGGCGAUGCGGCAUGCUGCGCUGCUUGUUACGGCAGCUACGCAGCACCGCCGGGCCCUCGAUGUGCAGACGCUGUUGCCCAGUCUGUUGGUGGUGUUGCAGGAUACCGUGCCGGUUCUUCGCGAUGCAGCGGCCCAGCUGCUGUGCGCUCUGGACGCAUGGAAUGCGGCUAGCGAGCAGGACGCGCCGCGCGAAGUGUAUGGCCUGGAGCAGGUGUACGGCCAGCACAGUGCCGCGCUGCAGUACCUCGACACGCCGACGUAUGUCAAGUACACGUCGCUGCUGGCGAAGGAAGCUGGCGCAUUCAUCAACGAUGCGGCGUAUCUCGCGGCGACGCACACAGCGAUGCUGCGCGGCACCGGCAAAAAGGAGACGCUGUUCCGCUCCAAGGUGCUGUGCUACCUGCUGAGCCAUGCCGUAUGCACGCAGGACGUUCACAUGCGCAUGGCACUCCUUGGUAUCGUACGCGACGUGCCAGCGCCCUGCAAACUCACCACGGUGCUGCCUCUCAUCCAGGAGGCGGUGGAUGGCCACGUGCAAGAUCCCGUGUACUUGCAGCUGCUGUACGAGACGUAUGAUGCGAGCGCGGACCUCGAUCGCACGUCGUUUGCGUACUUGGAGCGCUCGCUGCGCGGUGGCGUACACCUGCAGCAGGCUGCGCUAGGCACGCUGCACGGCCUGUAUCCCGCGCUGCGCAUGGAGCACAAGCAGACCGUCUUUUUGGCUAUGGCUGAGACGCUCGCGGAUCCGCAUACGCCCAGUGUCGCGGGUGCGAGCGCCGCUCUGCGGUCUCUGCCCGUGUCGGACGCCGUGCUCGUCUCGGUUUUGCGCUCGCUGUGCGAGUCGCUCGAGGAGGAAGACGAGGAGGCGCCCAAGCGAGCACGGACUCACUCGACUCGGGACGAGCAGGUCCGUCAUGCCGCGGUGGUGCUGAUCACGGUGCUGGAGAGCAUGCAGAGCCGCACACUCGGUAUGGAGGCAUCGCUUGUGGCGGCGCUCUUUGACGUGGUGCGCACGGCGAUUUCCCUGCAUGCGACGCACCUGUUCAAUGCCGAGUACGUCUUGCAGUUGGCGAUGCAGAGUCUGUGUGACGUGUUUGACCACAUUACGGUGCUGCCUGUCGACGUGGCCCAGGUCAUUCGUGCGGACACGAUUGUGAAUGCCAUCAAGGUCUCGACGAACACGCAGAGCAUUAAUCAUGCGAUCCUGCUUCUCGCUCGCUUUGCGCGCCUCGACGCGGAGCUUGUGCUGCACAACAUCAUGCCGAUCUUUACGUUUGUCGGCCUGAAUGUGCUACAGCGGGACGACAGGUUCACGCUGUCCGUGGUCGAGCAGACGCUGCGGAGCAUUAUUCCUGCCUUUGUGAAAGCCGUGCGGCCGCAAGUCAUCAACGACAAGGACGCCCUCCUAGCGCUGUGGUGCGAGACACGCAGUCUGCUGCGCAUCUUCAGCGACGCGUCCACGCACAUCCCGCGGCACCGUCGCCAUGUAUUUUUCCGGCUGCUCGUCGAUGUGCUCGGCGCUGAUGACUUCUUGGCGCCCGUGUGCAUGCUGCUGGCGGACCGUGUCACACAUCGUGUGACGCGCUCGCCAGGCAGCAGUAGCAGUCUGCUGCAGCUGCCGCUCGGGAUCAUGCGGGCUGAGCCGUUCCAUGUGCGUGUGCAUGCGAUGAACCAGAUGUGGUCCGAGAUUGUGCGACUGCUGGAUAACUCGGACGAUGUCUUUUUGGUGCCGACGCCGCGUCGUGAGUACUCGGAUGAGCACUUGUCGACGAUGCACCAGGCACAUACGCUGCUCCUGUUCUUGCACGACGCCAUGACGCAGACGCCCACGGACGAAGCCAGUGAGGAGCUCGCCCAGUAUGCAUGGUACACGCUGUGUGUCGCACCGGAAGACGAGGCGCUGCAAGCGGCUCUGCACAAGGCGCGCACGCCCGUCUUUCAAAGUCUGCCGACGUCCACCUUCCUCACGCUCGUGCUGCAUCUCUUGCAUGGCACGCGCGAGGCGCCACCUGGCCUGCAGGGCACGGUACCACAGCGUGUUGACAUGCCACGCACCGCUCUCGACCUGCUGGCCUCGCGUGCGAUACGGACGGACCGAGCGGCGCACGUUGCCCUGUUCGAGGAGCUGCACAAGGCGCUCGUGCACGUGUACGAGACACACCCGUCGCUUGGGGCCGAUGCACUGGAUCUGCUGCACACGUCGAUCACGCACAGCGUAUCGUCCGAGCACGCUGCUCUGACGCAGCUCAUGCCGCCGUUGUGGGCGCAUGCACCGCAGCCUCAGGUACUGCAUGUGCUCACGGCCAUCCUCCUGCAUGUGGGUGUGCGUGCGCUCUCGCACCUUGCGGUGCUGGUGCCGUAUGCGUGUGAGGCGGCCGAGACUGGCAGUGAUGACGACGUGCACAGUGCGGCUUUGCUGUUGCUGGCAGCGCUCUUCAAAACGCUCUCGCAGUUCAUGCAUGGCUAUGUCGCGCGCGUGAUGCGCUUGCUGGUGUCGAAAGACACAACGCACGUUCGCAGUGCAGCCCGCAAGGUCCAGGAUGCGAUGGUCAAGCGCAUGCCGCCCGCCACGAUGCUCGAGGCGUGGGGCGUCGUGUGGCGCGAGACGCCGGCGUCAGCCACGUCGCUCCUGCACAUGCUUCAAUGGACGGUGCGGCACAUGGACAAGGCAGCGGUGACUGCGCACUACAAGACCGUGUUUCGGUUUGUGCUGCAGGCCAUGGACCUGCAGCGCAAGGCGUCUGCACCGUCGCGUGGCGUGUUGCCGGCCGUGGAGCGUGCCGUGCAUGUGUUUGUGACGCUGUCGUUGAAGCUGAGUGAGACGCAGUUCCGCCCGCUGUUUUUGCGCACGUACGACUGGGCUGUGGUCGACUUGUUGGAGGAAGAUGCGCAGGGUAUGGAGGCGCGAUCUUUGGCGCUGUAUACCCUCGUCCAGAUGCUCUUUGAGCAGCUGCACGCGAUGAUGGUGCCGUUCUAUGCGGUCGUGAUCGAGCAUGUGAUCGAGGUACUGCAGCAGGCGACGCGCACGCCGCUGUGGUACGAGGUCGUGCGCAGUGUGCGUGUGUGUGCUGAGGCAGAUGAGGGCGUGUUUUGGAACGCGUCGCGUGCGACGCCCUGCAUCGCGCCGCUCGUAGCCGCGAUGUGUGAAGAGGACGCAGCGCUGAUCCCCGAGACGCUGCUGGCCCUCGCUCAGGCUGUGCCGGACGACGAAUUUUUGCGUGCGCUGAAUACGGCGCUCAUGGCCGCGGCGCACACGGAGCAUGUGCCGACGCAGGUACGUACGCUGCACACGUGUGCGUCGCUGUGGGCAGCGCACGGCAUGGCGCUUCUUGCGUUUGUGCCGGAAACGGUGGCAUCGCUCUCAGAGCUGCUCGACAAUGCUGAUCCACGCACGUCCAAGGCAGCGCUCGAGCUGCGUGUGCACAUGGAAGAGGCGCUCGGCGAGCCGCUCGACUCGUACCUCGACUCGAUGUAG